AUGGCCAUUACGCCCCAGGACUACUGUUUCAAAUUCCUUACUCGACCACUAGCUGAAUUCCUCUUGAAUAGCAAACAUGUCUCUCCCUAUGAUGGCAUUCCUUAUGGCGACUGCUUUAGCCGUGUUCUUGCGCUCUGGCUACUCGAUACGAGACUCUACAGCGGCCGGUGA